AUGCCAGGAACUUCGCGCAUGCCCAUCAGCUUGCGCGAUGGGUUCAAUAAUGUUCGGAAGAGGUCCCAGGGCGGGAAUUUGUUGGCGAUGCUCAACUUGGAUCUAAUCCGUCACAUCGUCUUCUUCUUUUUCGUCCUGCGAUGGACCCGGCGCGUCCUGUGGAAGCUCAAGGGCCGCGGCCUGCUGGGCACGCUGAUCGAGCUGUACACCGACGCGCGCCGCAUACUCUACGGCUGGUUCCUGCGCAUGCCCGGUGUGCGCACUCAGGUGCGCAAGCAGGUUGACAGCGCCCUCGCCAAGAUGCAGACCAAGCUCAUCCCGCCCGGCGCCAACCGCUACGUCACGCUGCCCAAGGAGGGCUGGACCGAGGAAGCGGUGCGCAAGGAGCUCGAGACGCUCGCUACUAUGGACCACACCCGCUGGGAAGAGGGUUAUGUCUCGGGCGCCGUGUACCAUGGCGAGGAUGAGCUUCUGAGGCUGCAGACGGAGGCGUAUGGGAAGUUUACCGUUGCGAAUCCGAUCCAUCCGGAUGUGUUCCCGGGCGUAAGGAAGAUGGAAGCCGAGGUCGUGUCGAUGGUGUUGAAUCUGUUCAAUGCGCCGCAGGGCGCGGCCGGUGUGAGCACCAGCGGUGGGACGGAGAGUAUUUUGAUGGCGUGUUUGAGUGCGAGGCAAAAGGCGUAUGCCGAGCGUGGUGUCACUGAGCCGGAGAUGAUCCUCCCCUCGACAGCACACACAGCCUUCCGCAAAGCGGCCAAGUACUUCAACAUCAAGGUCCACCUCGUCGCCUGCCCCGCGCCCAACUACCAAGUCGACGUCCGGCGCGUGGCCCGCCUAGUCAACAGCAACACCAUCCUCCUCGUCGGCUCCGCCCCCAACUUCCCGCACGGCAUCGUCGACGACAUCUCCGCGCUCUCCAAGCUCGCCCUCAAAAAGCGCCUCCCCCUUCACGUCGAUUGCUGCCUAGGCUCCUUCCUCAUCCCCUUCCUCGAAAAAGCCGGCUUCGAAUCCACCCCCUUCGACUUCCGCCUCAAGGGCGUCACCUCCAUCUCCUGCGACACCCACAAAUACGGCUUCGCCCCCAAAGGCAACAGCACCAUCCUCUACCGCACCCAAUCCCUGCGCACCUACCAAUACUUCGUCGACCCCGACUGGUCCGGCGGCGUCUACGCCUCCCCCGGCAUCGCCGGCUCCCGCCCCGGCGCCCUCACCGCCGCCUGCUGGGCCAGUCUCGUCAGCGUCGGCGAAGCCGGCUACCUCGACUCCUGCACCCAAAUCGUCGGCACCACCAAAAAGAUCCUCCAACACAUCCAAUCCUCCGCCAUCCUCUCCCCCGAACUCGAAGUCCUCGGCAACCCCCUCGUCAGCGUCCUCGCUUUCCGCGCCCGCACCCUCAACGUCUACGACUUUGCCGAUGCCAUGUCGGCGCGCGGGUGGCAUCUCAAUGCGCUGCAGGACCCGCCGGCGAUUCAUGUAUCCAUCACGAAGCCGAUUGCGAAGGUGUGGGAGCGGCUGGUGGCGGAUUUGGAGGCGACUGUGGAGGCGGAACGGGAGAGGGAACGGGUGAGGGCUGUGGAGGGGAAGAAGACGAGGGGUGGGCAGGAUCAGACGGGGGAUACGGCGGCGUUGUAUGGAGUGGCCGGGUCGUUGCCGAAUAAGAGUGUGGUGGUGGACUUGGCGAGUGGGUUUUUGGACUUGUUGUAUAAGGCGUGA